AAUCACAAACAAACAUGGCGACGCACAGCAGCUGCACGGCUUCCCUGACUGUUUUAACGUUAAUUGUGGCGCUUUUAUUUGCGCUCUACGCCUCAGAUUCAGGUUUAACGUGGCCAGUUGUGUCUCUAGCUGUUAUUACUGCACUGGUGUCGCUGUGGUUGCGGCGGCGGGAUGACGGCACUGACCGGCGGGUGUGUGUGCUGGUGUUGGGGGAUAUCGGUCGCAGCCCUCGGAUGCAGUAUCACGCCUUAUCACUCAGCAAACACGGAUAUUAUGUUACUUUUGUUGGGUUUCUAGAUACUAAACCUCACCAAGACGUGCUGAGAGAGGAGAAAAUAAGCAUAGCACCUAUAACAGAAGUCAAAGGUGUUCGAGUGGGACCAAAAAUCCUGACAUAUGUGACAAAGGUGAUCCUUCAGUGUCUCCAGCUUCUUUAUGUGCUGCUGAACAUGGAGACUCAGUCUCAUAUUCUAAUGCAGAAUCCCCCGGGCUUACCUGGCAUUGCAGUGGCUUGGCUCGUGUGCGUCCUGCGUGGCAGCAGAUUCAUCAUCGACUGGCACAACUACGGCUACACCAUCAUGGCCCUUAGCCAUGGCCAGACACAUCCGGUGGUCCGAUUGGCAAAGUGGUACGAACACUUCUUCGGCCCUCUGGCUACUCACAACCUGUGUGUUACCAACGCAAUGAAGGACGACUUACAGAAAAACUGGGGCAUCAAGGCGAAGACUCUGUACGACAGACCAGCUUCCAUCUUCAGAGAGACUCCACUGAAGCUGCAGCACGAGCUCUUCAUGAAACUGGCCAACACUUAUCCUCAGUUCCAGAGCAAAGGGUCUGAGGAUGUGGACAGAACGGUUUUCACAGUUUGUGACCCCACUGGUGAUACGGUGACCUUGAGAGCGGAGCGACCGGCGCUGCUGCUCAGCAGCACCAGCUGGACAGAGGAUGAAGACUUCUCCGUCCUACUGAAGGCUCUUGAAGAGUACGAAGGUUUCGUUAAAGGAGGAGCUUCAUUACCACCGUUAGUCUGUGUGAUCACAGGUAAAGGUCCUCAGAAGGAACACUACAAGAAGCUGAUUGAAUCUCUGCAUUUAGAUCAUGUGAAGAUCUGCACUCCCUGGCUGGAGGCAGAAGAUUAUCCAGUCUUAUUAGGUUCAGCAGAUCUGGGUGUUUGUCUCCACAAGUCAUCCAGCAGUCUGGAUCUCCCCAUGAAGGUGGUGGACAUGUUCGGCUGCUGCCUACCCGUCUGUGCUAUCCACUUUAACUGUUUACAUGAGCUGGUGAAGCACGAGGAGAACGGACUGAUAUUCAGAGACUCCCAGGAGCUCGCACAGCAGCUCAAGUCUCUCCUGUCAGAGUUUCCCAGUUCAGAGGGCAGACUGGGAGUGUUCAGGAAGAACCUCCGCACCAGCAGAGGGCAGAGCUGGGACAACAACUGGGACCAGAACCUCCUGCCUCUGCUCACUGCUCCCUGAUAAACCCCAGGUUAAGACCAGAGAGGGACUUUUAAUGACCAAUACCAAUAUCUUUAGACUAUAAUGCAUCUAACAUUUGAGGUGAAGCGUUAUUAUCACGUUAGGAGUGUGUGACAAACCAACAGAAAAUGACUUGACAGGGAAAAAUGGCAGAGAAGUCAUGUUAGAAUAUUUGGGAUGAAAGACAGUAGGUGAAUCUUUUGUUUUGAUGUCUCUUUACAUGAAGGUAGAGGAUUAGAUCUGAAUCCAAAAACUUUUCAUUCCAGUGUUUGUUUGUUUUUCUACUUCAGAGCACUUGAAUGUAUAAAGGACUCUUUGAUACAAUGUACAUUUGUAAAUAAAAUCUUUAUUGUGCUA